GAGGCGCACCCCUUCCAUGCUCGCGGUCGCUCGACUCAGCGCCGCCGUAUCUCAGCUCCGUGUCAGUCCCCGGAGCGCCCGCGCCGGUGCCGCUCAUCACUCGCGACGGGUUCGCACUCGCCGCGUGCGCAGCGCGAUCUCGACGACCAACAUGACGACGACGGCCUCGUGGGUGGACGAGGGCGACUUUGAAGCGUUGAGAGAGGCCAUGACCACGUACGACGAGCAGCGGGACACCGUCAUCAAGCGCGCGAGGGACAUCACGAAGGCCUCGAAGGUGGCCAUCUACUGCCUGCACCGCGGCGAGAUCGACAAGGCGGACGCGCAGAUCGCCACCGCGGCGGCCGUCGCCGACGAGCUCCUUCCCAUCGUGUCCGCGAACCCGCCCCUGCGCGGGGGGUCCUACUCGGGCGGGCUGGAGGAGUACGCAGAAGCCGUGGUCUUCGCGCACUUCAUCAAACACGGCGCGGUGCCCCCGAGCACCCACCCCGACCUCGCGCGAUGCGAUCGCGACGAGUACCUCGGAGGCGUCUUGGACUUCACCGGCGAGCUCAACAGAUUUUGCGUCGCCAAAGCCACCGUGAGGGACGUCACAGCUGUGAACAAGUGCAGGGAGAUCGUGGAUUCACUCAUGGGCAUCUUCCUCAAGUUUGACUUUCGCAACGGCGCCCUGCGUAAGAAGUACGACUCGUUGAAGUACACGCUGAAGAAGGUUGAGAACACGCUGUACGAGAUGUCGCUGACGUCGGCGGCGGCGAAGCGGUCGCGGGAAGACGCCGGUUUGGACGACGACGUUCCGCGGAAGGGCGGCGAGGUUGGGGAGGACGAGUGACGAGUCGCACAGGUGUAGGAUCUUAGCCGAAAGUUAGUCUACGAAUGCGGCGACGAACUUCGAC